GUUAAAAGUCGGUCAAAUUUAACUUUGACCUAGAAUAUUCUCGGAGAAUUCAUCAAAAGACACCUAUUUUUUUUCUUUUAAGAAUAGUAGGCUAGUAUUUAUUUAUUUUUUAUAUCAAAAGGCACCUAGUAGACUAGUAUUUUUUUUUAUUUUUUAUCUUUAUCAAAAGGCACCUUUUUUUUGAACGGGAUUUUUCAAAAGGCACUUAGUAGGCUAGUAUUUUUUUUUUAAAAGAAAUAGUAGGCAAGUAUAUAUAAACUUGCUUAUUGUAAUCCCCAAAUAUAUACUCAAACAGUCGAACACCCUCGUAUGACAAUGGAUAAUUUGCCAAAAUCUUCUGACUCAAACCGCCUAACAUUAUGCCUAAAGUUGUGGAAAUUAAGAUCUUAUUUGGCAAGAAAAGAAUUGACAAAAGCUCACUGCACUCUUCUCCUUCAAUUCUCUUACUCCCCUGCCUCCCAAAAAGCCACUACAAAAGUAACCAGAAAAACCCUUGAUUAAGCUUCAGACAAUUGUAAAUUUAAGUAAUAUAAGAAAAUUCCAAAAAAGAAUAACUAUUUAUUCCUAGUACCUACUCCUUUAUCUACUGUUUGCUUCAUCACUCUAUCCAAAUACUGGUAAUCUCUUUAACUGUUCUUUUUAUCCAGUUUUGAGAUUCUUCUUCAUUGCUUUUGGUUUUGUAAAGUAAUUAUUUUGUACACUGAAUGAUCUCUCUGAAUUUCGACUUUAUUUUUCUGAAUUUUGAUGGGGUUUUGAUUUUUGGUAUCUGGGUUCUUUUGAUUUUGCUUUAUUUAUUACUGGGUUUCUUCAAUCUUUUUGCAAGUUUUCAGCUUUAAAUUCAAGAAUUUUGGUGUUAAACUUCAAAUUGAUUGUAAUUGAGGUUCUUUUUAGUGGGGUUUACAAUUUUUGUGCCAAAUUUUAGCUCAGUUGUAUGAUUUUGAUUGUGUUUUCUGGUGCUAAACAUCAAAUUAAGAAUUUAAUUGCAAAUUUUUGUUUGGGGAUUUCAUAUGUGGUGUUUGGGAUAUUGAUCUUGUUAUAUAUUAUGGAAUCCUGGUGGUUUGAUUCAUUGGAUAAGGGUUUUGAAUCAAAUGAAGCCAUCUCUCAAUCUGAUGCAAUUGUUAGAGGUAAAAAUGUGUUAAUAGGAUGGGAACAUAAAAUCACUAAUGAGGAUAGUGUGCUAACCCCUAGUCAACAAUCCGUCGAAAAUCGUAGUUAUUCUGAAUUGGGUAUUGCAGAAAUGGUAAGAAUACAAUGUCCUACUGAUUCAACAAGGAAUGAGUUAGAGGAUAAUGGUAGUGUUGGAGAUUUUUAUAGCUCUUAUGUUACUACUAAUGCCUUUUCUGGAGAUGAUGAAUCAAGUUCUAAAUUUUCGAGCUCGGUUAUGGACUCAAGUAGCCGUGAAUCAUCACUAAUUGAUUUGAAAUUGGGUGGAUUUGGUGAUAAUCCAAAUUCUAGUUCGACUAGAACAGCAACAGCUCAUGUUUUGUCUUCAGCUGACUCUCCAACACCUCCAAAAAGGGCUCGAGUGAGCUCUCAGGCUGUACAUUGCCAAGUUUAUGGCUGCCAUAAAGAUCUCAGUUCCGCGAAAGAUUACCACAAGAGGCAUAAAGUUUGUGAUGUUCAUUCAAAGACUCCUAAAGUUAUUGUUAAUGGUAUUGAGCAGAGGUUUUGUCAGCAGUGUAGCAGGUUCCAUUUGCUGGGUGAGUUUGAUGAUGGUAAGCGAAGCUGUCGUAAACGACUUGCAGGUCACAAUGAAAGGAGAAGGAAACCUCAAGUAGGCUUUAGUAAUAGAAAUGGGAGAUCGUUUCAGUCAUACACUGGAAGCAAUUUUCAGGGGUUUACACCUACCUCAACAUCCUUUAUUUGCCAAGAUAUACUACCAAGAGGCAUUUCCCAUACAGUGAAAUAUGGAACGAAUGAUUGGGUUAAGCAUAUCAAGGUUGAGGAUGGAACAGGCUGUACACAGAUGCCAACAUAUAGUUGCAUAAAUAGACAGCUUCAGCCAAAAUCUAUUUUGCCCCCUCAAGAUUUUGAAAAACAGUUCCCUUUUAUUGACAACACGAAUAAUACUGGAACACAAUUUCCCUUUGGCAAGAAUGUCAAUCAACAUACGCCUGUAAUAGUCUCACAUUCCUUGUUUCAAACAAACUCACCUAGGAAUGAAGACUUGGCUCUUUUGGACGCAACAUCAACCGUUCAAGAAUUAGCAGGAAUAUCAGAGUCCGGUUGUGCUCUCUCUCUUCUGUCAUUUCAAUCACAAAAUUCUUCUGGCCAUUCAUCUGCAAUGCCUGGAUGUCACCCUGUAAUUAUACCAAGCAGUAGUCCACAAUAUAGUGUGAACGAAGUCUCUGAAAAAAUCUUUGGAAAUGGUGCGCAGGCUUUAAAAAGUGAAGUUCAAAACAGGUAUUCUUCGGUUAUUGUCAGCUCUACAGGAAGAAAUCAACCAAGUUUCAUGUCAGUGCUUAAUUAUGGUAAUAAUGCACACUCUGAAUUUGGAAAUGAGAUACACCACCGUUCCAAAUUUAUGAACAUUAAGGAUCAUUUGUUGUGUGAAGAUGGGACUACUAUUGAUUUGCUUCAAUUGUCAUCUCAGCUGCAUGGAAAACCAGAAGCUGUCUGAACCUCUUAAGCAGGAAACUGAAAAUUCUUUCUGCCUUAGAAUGACAUGAGAGAAAAUAUGAGGAUCAAAGAGGACGGAAAGCAAGACGCUCAUUAUAAUGUGAAGACAGCCGCCCAACCACUGCUAAUGUUGUUGCACAUUUACAUUCUGUGUAUACCCUUAUCUGGGAUUAGCAUGGUUUAAAUCAGUCCAACAAAUUGUGUUGAUUGCCUUGUAUUACUUAUAAAACUAUUAGCAUAUAAGUAUUGUCAAUUUUGUCCAUCUGAAAAAAUUGUAAAGGUUGAUGUAAAAUUUGUCAAAUUCUAUUGCAUCAGUCUUCAUCCUUGUGUUUAGCAAGGAAGUGGCACGCAGCAAAGCUGAUGGCUAUCUUAUAAUUUACA